UCAAGCCUGCAAUUAGGUCGUUUAUCUGACGAAGUUGGUGACCCCUACUGUCCGACUCGAGAGCACCGUAUGAGUGCUUUGCAUCCUGGGGUAAGCCACUGGAACCAACCCAAGAAGCAGGUCUUUCUCUCUCAACUCCACCUGGACGCUAACAGUCCUAACGAUAGUCUCAGUGGAAGCAGUAGUAACCAGAGCACCUGGAUCAGACGAGCAGGAAAGACAGCCCAGCCUGACUUGGGAAAGCAUCAAGAAAAUGCAAAGACGGCCUCAGGGAUUGCAAAAGUCGAGCACAUUCGUUUUCAAGAUGGUUCGAAAAAUAGAAUAAUUUGUUCUCAUCCUGGUGACCAUCAAUCGCGAAGUAAAAUGGACCCAAAGGCAGGAUGGCACAGGAGAGGAGCAGUAAUGACAUCAAUAAAUACAGAUGCAAAAGAAAGAGUACCGUUUGAGACCGUGCAAACUAAACCAACACCCUAUACUGGCCAUCUUCAGGUACCCAGUCGACAAAUGAAUCAACAUCAUUACUCUUGGUUGAUUUCCAACCAGAUUAACCAGCGCUCCACUGUACAGCCGCUCUGA